AUGCUGCGCUUCCUCCCCCUCUUCUCCCUGGCCUCGGCCGCCCACCUCUACGCCACCCACUACAGUGGCUCCCUGUCCACCCUCACCCUCGACCGCGCUGCCAAUGGCUCCUACGCGCUUUCCAUCGCCGCCUCCGAGGUCACCUGCGGCGGCAUGCCCAGCUGGCUCACCCUCGAUGCCACCACCCGCACCCUCUACUGCUCCGACGAGACCGGCGACGCCUCCACGACGGGCUCCCUGAGCACCUACACCGUCGGCCGCGACGGCGCGCUCACGCAGACCGCCAAGGUCGUCGACGUCGGCGGCCCCGUGAAUAGUAUCGUGUAUGAGGGCGUGCGUGGCGAGAAGUAUCUGGCGAUUGCGCAUUACACCGGCUCCGCCGUCACCACCUUCUCCCUCCCCAUCCAACCCUCCAGCAAACCCCACCAGGUCCUCCGCUACACGCUCCCACACCCCGGCCCCCGCCCGGAACAGGACUCUCCGCACCCGCACCAGGUCAUCCUCGACCCCACCGGCGCCUUCAUCCUGAUCCCCGACCUCGGUGCCGAUCAGGUCCGCGUCUACGCCAUCGACAAGCACACCGGCCAGCUGGACGCGUGCCCGAGCCUGGAAUUCACCCCGGGCAGCGGCCCCCGGCACGGCGUCUUCUGGUCCUCCGCGGACGCAGUGCAGCGCGGCAGCCGCAGCCGCCGCCCCGGCCACGCCGCCGAAACAUUCCUCUACACCGUCAGCGAGCUGAGCCGUCACUUCGACGCGUUCGCCGUCUCGUAUCCCGCGGCCGGAUGUCUGGCCUUCCACCGCACCCAGGACUUCAUCCCGUAUCCCGGCGGCGAGACGCCCCAGGGUGCGUCGCUGGCAGAGAUCCGGCUCGCGGGGCAUAACCUCUAUGCCUCCGUGCGCAGCGACCAUGCCUUCAAGCCCAACGAUUCGCUGGUCACCCUAACCCGUGCGCACAACGGCACGGUUGCGCUGCGCGAGCUAACCAGUGCCUAUGGCACCGUUCCCCGGACCAUGGUCAUCAACAAGGCCGGGACGCUGGUGGCCGUGGGUGACCAGGCGUCGGCCAACGUUGCCAUCAUCGCGCGGAAUCCCAAGAGUGGAAAGCUGGGUGACUUGGUCGCGAGCGUGCAGGUGGGCGAGCCAGGCAAGCCCGGGACAUCGACGGGACUGAGCAGUGUCAUCUGGGCGGAGUAG